AUGUUGCCCCGUCCCCCGGGGUCGUGCGGCCCGCGUUGCCGUGGUUACGCUGCAGUGCCCCGCGCCCCUCCCCCCGGUCUCCACGGCAACGCUGAGGCGCAGCCAGCGGCACACCCGUCUCCACGGCAACCAGGAGAAUCGUCUCCACGGCAACCGCACCUGGGCCAAGGAGAGGAGGGGGAGGGGCCGGCCUUCCCCCCUCGGCGGUGGGGGCCGGGGGUGGGGGCCGCCGCCCCCGCCGCCGAGGUGGGGGCCAGGCGGGGGCCGUGGGGGUGGGGGCCGCGGGGGGGUGCGAGGGUGGGGGCCCAGCGGAGGGCCCCCUGCGUCUUGAGGCCUCCCCCACCGGCGCUCAACCCCACGCGGAGGGGAGGGGCCGGAGCCCACGUCACGACGCCGCAGAAGCAGCCGCGAGCAACAGGAAGAGCCGGCGGCGGUGGUCCCGGUGGUGGUGCCGGUGGUGGUGCCGGUGGCGGUGCCGGUGGUGCCGGUGGUGGUGCCGGUGGUGCCGUGGGCUUGCCGGACCCCAGCAAGGUGCCCUGUGGCCCGUGCCCCCCGCUCCUGCACGUGGUGAGGCCGGCCGGACUCGGCCCCCCGCCGGACACCGUCGCCCUGUGCGCGGGGGGCGGGGCUGGGGGAGGGGGCGGGGCUGGGGGAGGGGGCGGGGCUGGGGGAGGGGGCGGGGCUGUCCACCCCCUGAGGCGGGAGCAGUGGCUCAAAGUGUUCCUGCUGCUGCCCGCGGGAGACCUCGCUCGCUGCCUGCGGGUGUGCAAGGCCUGGAACCGGUGGUGUAUCGACCGCCGUCUCUGGGCCCACGUGGACCUGUCACACCGACGGCCGGCGGCGGUGACGGCACCGUCGGCGUCCUCACCGGCGACGUCCUCACCGGCACCGCCGCCGCUGUCCCCGGCGUCCGGCGUCGUGCUCCGUGGAGUCGUGCGGAGGCAGCCGCUCUCGCUCGACAUCUCGCGUUGCCCCCUCUCGUUCGCACAGCUGGGCUGGCUUACGGCCAGGCUGCCCGGCCUGCAGGUGCUCAGCAUGCCUUGCUCGUCAUGGGCGAGCACGGCUGCCCUGGUGGGUACUCGCUGUGCCCUGCGCUCUCUCGACCUCAGCUGGACUCACGGCGUGCGGGACGCUCAGCUGCGAGACCUACUGAGCACCGCGCCAGACCCACGGCCCGGUGAGACCCAGCCGGCGUGUCCGCGUCUGCGUGGGCUGCUGGAGCUUCGCCUGCGUGGCGCCGACAUCACGGACGCCUCGCUGGGCGAGCUGGGCGGCCGCACCCCCCAGCUGCGAAUCCUGGACCUGGCAUUCUGCACCCACCUCACGGACGCCGGCGUUGAGGCCCUCGCCGCGUCGCCCGCGGGAAGCUGCCUGCACACGCUGUGUCUCACCGGCUGCCCGCGGCUGUCCCCACGCUCGCUCUCCGCCCUCUCUCCGUGUCCGCGUCUGCGUGUUCUGGACGUGCGCCGCUGCCCCCUCAUGGACCCCACCGCCUGCACCUCCAGCCGAUCCACCAACCCCAAGCUCACCAUCCUGCACUAGCGCCCUCGCUAUACACUACACUAUACACUACACUAUACACUACACUACUACACUAUACACUACACUAUACACUACACUAUACACUACUACACUACACUAUACACUACACUAUACACUACACACUACACUA